GUAUAAAUAGAAAGUGGUUCACUGUCAAAUGAUUAGUUGACAAACAAGUUGGUGUUUAAUUAUGAAGAAUAUAGUUUCCUUACUUAUUGCUUUAGGUAGCUGGCAAUUCAUAGAGGCCAUGACCGAGUCUGAAGCUAUCGGUGCACUGGAGGGUUUUGGUGAUAAAUGUGAGCCCAAACCGAAUGAGGAUGAUUACAAAAAUAUUGUAAGAAACACGGAGGAUGUUCCACAGUCCACCAAAUGCUUCCGUCUCUGUUUAAUGGAGCAAAUGGAUUUGAUAGUAGAUAAUUGUAAACUAGAUGGUGAAAAACUUACAGACCUUCUAACUAUGGCUUUCGAUGGAAAAGAAGAAGAAACUGCUGAGAUAGCGAAUCAUUGUAAUCUUAAAGUAGGAUGCACGGAUAAGUGUGACGCUGCCCAUGCUCAUUCAAUGUGUAUUUUGAAUCAAAUGAAGAUAAAAAAAUGGCCAUUACCUGAGUUGGAGGAAGACAGUAAACAAUAAGACGCUAUCGAUAAAAGAAAGAUGGAUAAGGAAAAUCAACGACAUGCAUAGCUAUUUUCACUGGCCUACUCUUCUGACGACAAUUAAUUACUGUUUUAUUAAUUAUGUAUAAUGUUAUUUUUUUAAAGCGACCUAAGUGCAAAAUAAAAGAAUCAUCAAGUUCCUCAAAGUGGAAAGAACAUUUUUUAUUAAAGUUGUAACCUGGGUGACCA